ACCAGCCAUGGGGAGUUUGCAUAACUGGCAAGGGCAAAGUCAAGAAUUGGACGGGAGUCCUCUGUUCUUUUUCUUUUCUUUCCUGUGAGGUGUUGGACAUCGAGGGGAUGGAAGGGGAGAGCCGGUUGUUCUGAUUCAGGCCUGCCUUAGCAGAGAAAUGGCAGGUUGCAGAAAUCCGCCAACAUGAACUUGGUUCCAGAACUAAAUGUGGCUCACAUCAAACGCUUGGCUCUAUACUCGGUAUGAAUAACGGCUACAACCCCCCACCAGCUAUACUCUUAGGAGAGAGAGAGAGCUCCAUGUGGAAGUUGGACUGGACAAUGAUCCACCUACAGGGAGAUCAAUGGCCAACUUGGGUCGAGAAUGACGCAGCCCCAAGAAGCUAGGACCCACAGCAAGAGAGAGAGAGAGGGCCAAGCCCAAGAGGCUAGGACCCACAGAGAGAGAGAGAGAAUUUGCCAUCUUUUCUGCCCUCCAUCGCUCAUGAGACCAGCGUGUCUAAGAGACAGGAAGAGGGCGGUUGCGGCUGUAUUUAAUUUCAUCCUACUUUUCUUCUCUUUUAACCAUGAAAGCCAGCACAGAAGCAAAGAAAAAAGUGUUGCUCAAAAAGAUAGUUUGAAAGAAGUGGAAGAGUAAUGACUUGUAGGAUUUUGGGGAGGGAGAGAGAGAAAAAAAGAGAGAGGUUACUCUCCAAAAGGGCCAAACCCAUGCUUUCGUAGCCGUUGCGGCACAGUUUAAAGCAAAAAUGGUCCUAGAUUUGGGGCAUGGAACUAUGCUCGUUUGCUUCCUCAUUCUUUCCGUUUCUUCUUCCUCCUUCCUGGCCUAGAACGUUGAGUGCCAGUCGUGCUUGGUCCUUUUGGAAUUGAGUGGUCGCAUAUGUGACGAGGAUAUGCAGAACGCCUCCUCAGGGUCGGAUAUCGGCUCGUCUCCAACCAGAGAAGAGGAUGGUCAACUAAGCCAAAGCAAUGAUGGAAGUACACCUUCAUUCAGAUCAAUUCCCGACUCCUCUAGGCAUUGGAGAGAUGUUUUCUGGUUGUGUAUUUUUGUCAUCCACUUGGUGGGCCUUGGCUUUCUUCUUGCAGUGCUUGGAGUGAGUAGGUUCAAAAGACCGGAUAGGUUGCAGAUAGACAAGUUUGUUAAUAAGAUUGUUCAGAACAAAUCAGGACAAACGGAGACCUUCUGGCCCUUGUACGCUGUAGCAGCAGCCAUUGGUACUGUACUAGGAUGUGCCUGGUUAUCUCUUCUUGGUACACGAGCGCACCAGAUGAUGAAGUUUUCUGUAUACAGUCUUACAACAUAUCUUGCUGUUAUAAGUGUCCUAUGCUUUUGGGAUGAUGAAAUCUUUUGGGGCAUCUCAUUUGCAAUAGGUGCACUCUUGCAUUUUACAUACGUGAUGUCUGUCAUGGACAGGUUUCCUUUUACGAUGUUGGUCUUGCAAAAGGCUGUGAAGAUGGUUUGGAACCUGCCGGAAGUUAUGAGAGUGGCAUAUGUGUUUAUGGUGCUGAUGCUUUUGUGGCUGGCACUUUGGACAUUUGGUGUAGCUGGAGUGGUGGCUUCUAGCACAGGUGAUGCAGGGCACUGGUGGCUUCUUGGGAUACUGUCAGUCAGUUUAUUUUGGACUGGUGCAGUCCUUUGUAAUAUGCUUCAUGUUGUAGUGUCUGGAAUGGUGUUCCAUGUGCUCAUCCAUGGUGGUGAAGGACUGCCAUUACCUUCAAAUCCAUUAGUAAGGUCUCUAAGACAUGCAGCCACAACUUCUCUUGGUAGUAUCUGCUAUGGCUCACUUUUCACUGCUGCCAUCCGGACAAUACGGUGGGAGAUACGAGGAAUCAGAUCGAAGAUUGGAAACAAUGAAUGUUUGCUCUGCUGUGUUGAUUUUUUGUUCAAUCUUGUUGAGACCCUUGUUCGGUUUUUCAAUAAGUAUGCAUAUGUACAGGCAACAGUUCAUGGUAAGAGCUUUAACCGCUCAGCAAGGGAUGCAUGGGAGCUUUUUCAGUCUACAGGAAUUGAGGCCCUUAUAGCUUAUGAUUGUUCUGGAGCAGUUUUGCUAAUGGGUACUAUAUUGGGUGGGCUAAUUGCUGGAACUGCGGCUGGGACGUGGACAUGGUUUAAGCGAAGAGAUAGAGUGGUUAUGGUUGGUUUUACCUCUAUGUUGAUGGGAAUGACCUUGGUUGGCCUGGCAAUGGUGGUGGUUGAAAGUGCCGUGACAUCUAUCUACAUCUGCUAUGCAGAAGACCCUGCCCUAAUCAAUGCAUGGGAUGCAGAAUUUUUCGAUCAGAUGGCUGAGGCCCUUCACCAACGGCUGCAGUACAGAAGUGCAAGGGCGAGGGAAGUAAUCAACCGAAGGGUUGACACCGAUAUUCAAGAAAGUGUACAAGAGUGACGAAUGUCAAGAAAGAAAACUUCUAUCUUUUUGUAGUUCCAUUUGAUCAUAACUUUUAUAAAUUGCCCAUUUUUAUCACAAGUAGUUUUUUGAUAUUUCCUUCUUGUAUAUUAUUAAACGUUGGGACUGAUAGCCUCUUAUUUGAUGCCAUUCUUCAACUGCCAGGAUUUAAUAAAGUUGUGAAUACUGCAGUAAUUCAUUUUA